AUGUAUAGUGGUAUACAUGAUUUUCAAGAUACAUAUCGUUGUUAUCCUGUAGAUGAUAAAAGAUUAAAUGUAUACUAUGGUGGCAAAACAAGUUUACAUAUAGUUUAUCCGAUGUUAUUUAGACUUCACAAUAAAAAAAUCAACAAACAUUCACAUGCAGGAGUACUCGAAUUUAUUGCACCAGAAGGGCAUGUGUAUUUACCUCAAUGGUUGAUGGAAACGCUUUCAUUGGAAACGGGAGAUUUGGUUGAUAUUAAGAAUGCUACAUUACCAUUAGGAAAAUUUGUUAAAAUUCAACCACAAACUGAAAAUUUUUUGGAUAUAACUGACCAAAAGGCCGUAUUGGAAAAUGCAUUUAGAAAUUUUUCAACAUUAACUCAAGAAGAUUAUAUUCAAAUAUAUUAUAAUAGAAAAACUUAUAAAAUUAAAGUUUUGGAAGUUAAAUCUGAAGAUGGUAAAGCCAAUGGGAUAUCAAUUUUGGAAACUGAUUUGGAGGUUGAUUUUGCACCACCACCAGGAUAUAAAGAAAAGAAAGAAUCUCAACAAAAAAAUUCUACUAUGGUGGAUAAAUUGAAGAUAGAACAAUCACAAGAUGAAUCAAGAGGAUUUUCUGCAUUUCAAGGCAGUGGACAAAAUCUAAAAGGAACCCAAGAUAAUUUAUAUAUUGAUAUAUUGAUUGCCACUAACAAUUAUUAUCAGUGUUGA